AUCAAAUUCAUUCUGCAAUGCAAAUCCCCUCAUUCUCUACCUCUCAUCUCACAGUCAAUGUCUCAAAAUUUCCCAAAAAUUUCUCAGAUCCCAUCCCAAAUUCAUUACACGCUGUGACGUUGACAAACCAAAGCCGAAUCUUCUUUUCCAUGUCUCGCCAAACGCUGCCGCGCCAUGCCUCGCCAGAUGUUGCGAUGCCUCACCAGAUGCCGAAAACCAGAGACUUCCCGUCGUUUCCACGCCUCGCCGGAAGCCGUCGCGUCUCACCAAACCAACUGCGAUCGUUGUUUCCACGCCUCACCAGAUGCCGCCAGGACUCGCCUCGCCUCGCCAAUUGCCGCCACGCCAUGCCUCGCCUCAGUCAGAUUUGAUGUACUCAUAGUAAUUGAAGCACCACCUCAGUCAGAUUUGGUGGUGGAGCUUAUAAAGAAGCUGAAGCCCCGGGUGGUUCUAGGAGAUUGCUGCAUUUCAAGUAGUUUGUCCAGGUUUGAGAGAUGUUGCUUUUUGCAAUGUGUGUAAUUUUUAGAAGGUUGUUGCACUUUGUAUAGGCUGUCCAAUGUGUGUUUGCUGAUGGGAGUUUUCUGCAGUUUGUGGGGCUUUUGGUUGUUGGUUACAGGAUUUGUGGUGGGUAAUAUAGUGUGUGCAAUUUGUAGAAGGUUGUUGCAGUUUGUAUAGGUUGUCCAGUUUGUGUUUGCUGUUGGGAGUUUUCUACAGUUUGUGCAGCUUUUGGUUGUUGGUUACAGGAUUUGUGGCAGGUAAUGCAGUAUUUUGGAGGAUUAUGCUGUAAUUGUGUUGUUGCCGAGGAAGUGUUAUAGCUUGGUCGAAGAUGCAGCGGUUUUUGCAGUUUCUGUUUGCUCUUUCCGGGAGAUUUUGCAACUGGUGUAGCUUGUGCGUGUGUGCAGUUUUUGAAGCUACUGCAAUUGUUCUCUGCCUUUGGUGCUGUAUGCAGUCUUCGGGUGUCUGUUACAGCUUGUGUGGUCCAUGUUGUUUGUGCGUUUUUUGUUUUUGAGAUUUCCUUCCAGCUUGUACAGCUUUUGUAGUUUUGCCCUUUGGGAAUGGCCAAGGUUCUUGGUUCUAAAGGGGAGUCCCCUUUCCCAGGUUGUAAUUCUUUCAUUCUUGUAUAAAAUUAUUGGGUUUACCCAAAAAAAAAA